GAAACGUUACCCGGAUGCAGAGGUCCAUCUGCUGAGAGGAGAAAUUCGCUAAAUUUUUACGGAUUAUGAGCGAAUAAACUUGCAAUAAGUUAAACCGCGGAUUUUAAUCAAACUGGCGGGUAUAACUUGAAAAAACAAAAUUUUAUUCGGGAUAUGUUUGUCGAAGAUGGUAAAAGGAACGUCGGGUAGAAGGUUGUUCUAUUUUACCCGAUGGAUCAACAUUCAUCCUCCGGUCGGAUUCAACUUACCGAGGCGGACCUUUCAGGGCAAUCUUCUUAUACGGUAGGGAAAAGUGCGCGACGGCGACCAAAAAUCAAAGUGCAGCAACGAUCUGAGGAAUCCGCCAGUUCUGGGAGCUUUAUCAGACAGGGAUCGGCCGAUUCAAAUUUUAGCCAACCCUCAUCUGAACUCUCAGAGGAUGACAGAGACGCUUUUCGCAGGGAAUCGGAACGUCAGGCUGUCAGUCAAUUGGAAAAGGGCAAGGCCGUCAGACAGUUAAACAAAGCAGAGACAAAACCGGUGGCUUUCGCAGUUCGGACGAAUGUUGCAUACGAACCAGGGAGCGAUGAUGAUUCACCGGUUCAUGGCCAGGCUAUAGGUUUUGCGCAAAAGGAUUUCUUGCAUAUUAAAGAGAAAUUCAACAACGACUGGUGGAUUGGUCGGCUUGUGAAAGAAGGUUGUAAAAUAGGUUUUAUACCGUCACCGGCUAAAUUGGAACAGCUCAAAUUGCAAAACGCCAAUGCUGCCGCGUCGCGAAAUGUUAAAUUGUAUGGUCGUCAGGGUUCGAAAACGAAUUCAAGUUCGAAUAUCGAUAAUAUACUGAAUUCGAAAAGUUCGAAUUCACGGGGUUCAACUCCUCCUACUCCUGGGUUCGAUUUAGAACAGAACGGUGUUGAUUCAAAUGUGGGAGAGGAUAGCGAUAGUUUGGGUAAUUCAAAAACAUCUAAAGCGUCAAUAACACCCCCCGCUAAGGAAAAACGUAAGCCGUUCUUUAAGAAAUCGGAGCAGACUCCUCCUUACGAAGUAGUGCCUUCCAUGCGCCCAUUGGUCCUUAUAGGGCCGUCGUUGAAGGGCUACGAAGUAACGGAUAUGAUGCAGAAAGCGAUAUUCGACUUUUUGAAGCAUCGGUUUGAAGGCAGAAUCGUCAUAACCCGAGUAACCGCCGAUAUUUCACUCGCCAAACGCUCAUUGCUCAACAAUCCGAGUAAAAAGGCCAUUAUGGAACGUGCGAAUAGUCGUUCGUCCUGUAUGGCCGAGGUGCAAGCGGAAAUCGAAAGGAUAUUCGAAUUGGCUCGAACUCUGCAGAUCGUUGUCCUCGAUUGCGAUACGAUAAAUCAUCCUUCGCAACUCGCAAAGACAUCCCUUGCUCCGAUAGUAGUAUAUUUGAAAAUUUCUUCGCCAAAGGUAAGCUGAAUCGAAAUAAUAUGUUUCCUAUUCGUUGAUCUUAAUACGUUCGAGAAUGUAAAGUUUUAUCUUUUUUUACUUGUUUUAAUAGGUGCUACAACGUCUGGUGAAAUCGCGGGGUAAAUCCCAAACUAGAAAUAUGAAUGUACAAUUAGUGGCCGCCGAAAAAUUAAGUCAGUGCAAUCCGGACAUGUUCGACGUCAUAUUAGACGAGAACCAGUUAGACGAUGCCUGUGAACACCUCGCCGAAUAUUUGGAAGCCUAUUGGAAGGCUACUCACCCGUUACCGGUUGCAAAUCCUCAAGCACAUCAGCAAUCUCAGCAGAUGGGUCAGGCUUCUUCCUCCUCGAAUAGGGAUAGGGAUAGGGACAGGGACAGGGAUAGGGAAAGAGAUAGAGAUAGGGCCGCUAGUAACGAGCGACUGUGUGAUAGGGACACGCGUGAUCAUAGGUUAAGUAGAGAGCACGAUCCGAGAGAGGAUUACGACCGCUUUCCUGAGAGAGAACAUCGUCAUGAACAUCAUAGAACUGGUAUGGAAGAUUAUGACAGGGAUCACCACCAACAUCACCAGCACCACCACGACAGAAAUCGUCGAUAUAAGGAGGACAGGUAUAAAGAGAGGCGACCCCCGCACUACGCUAUGCGUUUUCCGGACGAGUUUGCCGAGCCUUAUAAUAGACCUGACCUCCACCGUUAUGAUUCAAUUGAAGAGGAACAGUAUGAACAUCCCCCUCACCGACGAAGGCAUCCAAUGCACCAAAUAAGGCGGACUGAUGAACCUCCUGAGAUUGACCUCGAUGACCUUGACAAUGCGGAACCUCCUUACCCUCCUAGGGGGAAUAGAAGGCCGGAUAGGAGUAAAUACCCACCACAAGGCAGUAUAGCCAUCUAACGCAGUGUUUUUUUCCUCUUCUUCGCUUCAUGUUUUUUUUUCAUCUUUUACCUCUAUCUCUCUGUCUCUGGAUACUGGUGCAAAGAUUUUUUCUCAUAUCGUUUCUAUUCCUCCCAUUGUCGGUUGGAAAAAUGAAUUGAGAAUCAAGUUCAAGUUGUUACACAUUUUUUUCGUCACUCGCCUUUUACCGUACUUAAUUUAUUUUUAAAAAAUAAUAAUAAUAAUUUUUUCUGGCUUUUUGCCUGCAGUUUAUUAAAAAACUGCAUUAAAAAAUGAAAUAGUCCGCGUCGUUUAUUAUUAUUUAUCAUUAUUCAUUAUUGUUAUUAAUAUCGACAUUAUCUUUUUUCUAUUUCAUAUGAAGGGUAUAGACUAUUAAAGGAAAGAAAGACAAGUAAUUGAGAAAGUUUGCUUAUUGAAUAUUCAUAUUUCUCAGUGUUUUUGGAGAGAAAAUUUACAAUUAAAAAGAUUUUUUUCCGAAAAGUAAACGAAAUUGAAAAAGGUUGUUUUAAAGGAAUUAAUAAAAAAAGUUAGGGCCAAAAUAAUCAGUAAUUAGGCAAUAAAAAACUAAUUAGUAUGAAUAUUCAAAUAUGUAUGACAAAUCGUCCUUUUGAGAAAGCUAACAGAAACAAAACAAAGUUUUGAAAAAAUGAUGAUACGACAGAAAGUUUCCUUUCAAAAAUUUCUUUCCUUUGUGUCUAUCUAAAAAAUAAAACAAGAAAGAUUUACAUAGUCAAAGAAUACCAGUGUACAACGUAUUAAGGAAAAAAAAAGAAACAGACCUAAAGAUAACAUUGAAGGCUUAUUUGCAUAUUUUUUCUGUCUCUCAUCUUCGUUUUACGACGUAAACGUUUGGCAUGCAGAUUUUUUCAAAAAUGAAACAGUAAAAAAAGUGAAAAGAAAAAAAAAGAGAACGAGAAACGUUGCGGUGCAUUUUUGCAGCGUAUUCUCGUUUUUUUUUUCUUUUUUUUUGUAAAUAAUUAUUGUACAAGAGAAUUAUAAUGAAUGUGUCUAUUGUUUUUUUUUUCAGACACAAAACUAUUUGCAUUGACAGUUUUACUCGUUUGUAAUAUUUCGCAUUGUUUCCAGAAAUAUUUCGACGUACGUCUAUAAUUAUUCUAUGAUAUUUGAGCACGUUUUUUCCCGUUUUUUUUCCUUUCUGAUCGACUGCACAACGGUUGAGCGUGUGUUUUUUUUUAUUUCUAUUUUGUUUUUUUGCAGUCGGCAUACUGCAAAAAAAGGAAAAAAAAACAUCGUGUUUUUUUUAUUUAAUUUUUUUUAUUUUCUCAAUUCGCUCGUCGAAAGUAGUGAAAAAAAAACAAAUUUUGUUCCCUUUUUUCUCCGUUUUUAAACAAAAAAGAGAAAAAUUAUGACUUUUAUUAAAUUACAAAAAAAAACUUUUUCAUAUAUUAAUUAAUUUUUCCUUCAUUUUGGCGCGAAAAUGUUUUUUAACAAUUGAUUACGAAAAUUCCUUUUUUUUUUCUUCCCUGAUAUUUUUUCCCUUUGUUUCGACUUGUUUCAAAACGUUUACGUGCCUUCUCAUUAUUCGGACUAUUUCUUAUGAUAACUUUGUUGAAAAUUUGUAAAUACAUUUUUAUCUUGAGAUAAAAACGAUUUUAAACAAAGGAAAUUUAAGUUUAAGAGAAAAGGAAAAGAGAGAGAAAAAGGCAGAAAAGGAUAAAAAUACGCAAAUAAUUCUUUGUUUUCUUUUACUAUUUUAUAUGUUCAUUUUCAGCUUUUUUCUAUUUAUCUCUCUCUCUCUCACUCUUUCUCUCUUUCUCUCUGAUUCUUCACAAUGAGUAAUGAAAAAAUUUGAUCAAUUUCGUUUCGCAUAAAAAAUUGAAAAUGAUAUAUUUUCUUUUCUAGCAGUUUGAGCAUAUCUUCUCGCUCUCGCGCUCUCUCCUCUUCCCAUAUCCCUUGCUUCCCUCUUCCCAAUUUAAUUAUUAAUAGGUAAUAGAAAGCCAAAAAAACAAAAUUUAAUAAUUGGCUUAUAAAUAAGCAAAAUGACACUGGCAAUGAAAAAUAAUAUCGUGGAUAGAGUAAUUUCAUUCGCUACCCAUUUUAACCUUUUCUUUUUAAUAUAUUCUCUAUUCGUACAAUAUGAAACAUUGUUAUUUAAGACUACGAACAAUCGUAAAACGUUUUACUUAUUCAAAAACCAUUGAUCAAAAUUGAAAGAAAACGUUAAGAGACAAAAUAUCGUCAACAGUAAAAUUUAUGAAUAGUAAUUCAAUAAUAAUGUAUUGAACUUUGGCUGCGUCUGUCAAAAGUUCAAUAAUAGAUGAAAAAUUUAAAAGUAUUACUCAUCUUGAAUACUGCUUUCAUAUAUUUUAUAUGUAUCAUAUAUACAUAUCUAUUCACUUUGAUUAUUAUUGUACUAACAUAAUAUGACCUAUAGAAUUUAUAUAUUAUACCGUAGUUGUUGAGAGUUGGUUAUAACUAUUCCAUUAAUUUUCCAAUGAAUAUUCAUGAAACAGUGGAAAAAAACCCGAAAAAAAACAAGAUGAAUGUCAUAACAAUUUGUAUUAUCUAUUAGAAAGGAUAAAAACUGUAUACUUUGUAUAGUAUGUAAUUUAACAAUGGAAUAAAACAAAGAUCAUACGAUAGUAUGAUAUUAGGAUAUUGUUUUAUUUAAAAAAAUUCAAUUACC